AUGGCUUCAUUCACAUCAUGUUUAGGUUUUGUUCUUAGCUUGUUCCUCAUUACUAGUUUCGCUACUAUUGCCCAAAGCCGAAUAGCCAGGAAAGACUUGGGUUUGGACUUCGGAGGCAAUGUAGGAGCUGGAAUUGGUUCAGGAAUAGGCUUAGGAGGAGGUGGUUCUGCGUCGGGAUCUGGCUCUGGAUCUGGUUUUUUUCGUGCUGGAGGUCGAGGUGCAGGUAAUAUAGGAAGCAAUAUUGGAGGUAAUGCAGGAAGUGGAGUAAGUACAGGAAUAAGCUUAGGUGGAGGUGGUUCUGCAUCUGGGAAAGUUGGGGGUAAUGUAGGAGGUAAAGUCGGAGGUAAUGCAGAAGCAGGAGUUGGAGCUGGAGUUGGUACAAACAUAGGUUUAGGUGGAGGUGGUUCUGCAUCCGCCUCAGGUUAUGCUUCGGGUUCCGCUGGUGCAAGUGGAAAAGGUAAAGCUGAUGUAGGAGGUAAAGUCGGAGGUAAUGUAGGAGCUAGAGUUGGUACAAACAUAGGCUUAGGUGGAGGUGGCUCUGCAUCCGGCUCAGGUUCUGCUUCUGGUUCUGCCGGUGCAGGUGAACAAGGUGGAGCUGACAUAGGAGGUAAAGUCGGAGGUAAUGUAGGAGCUGGAGUUGGUACAAACAUAGGCUUAGGUGGAGGUGGCUCUGCAUCCGGCUCAGGUUCUGCUUCUGGUUCUGACGGUGCAGGUGGACAAGGUGGAGCUGAUGUAGGAGGUAAAUUCGGAGGUAAUGUAGGAGCUGGUACAGACAUAGGCUUAGGUGGAGGUGGUUCCGCAUCCGGCUCAGGUUCAGCUUCUGGUUCCGCCGGUGCAGGUGGACAAGGUGGAGCUAAUAUAGGAGGUAAAGUCGGAGGUAAUGUAGGAGCUGAAGUUGGUACAAACAUAGGCUUAGGUGGAAGUGGUUCUGCAUCCGGCUCAGGUUCUGCUUUUGGUUCCGCCGGCGCAGCUGGACAAGGUGGAGUUGAUGUAGGAGGUAAAGUCGGAGGUAAUGUAGGAGCUGGUACAGACAUAGGUUUAGGUGGAGGUGGUUUUGCAUCUGGCUCAGGUUCUGCUUCUGGUUCUGCUGGUGCAGGUGGACAAGGUGGAGCUGAUGUAGGAGGUAAAGUCGGAGGUAAUGUAGGAGCUGGCGUUGGUACAGAUAUAGGCUUAUGUGGAGGUGAUUCUGCAUCCGGCUCAGAGUUUGCUUCUGGUUCCGCUUGUGCAGCUGGACAAGGUAGAGCUGAUAUAGGAGGUAAAGUCGGAGGUGAUACAGAAGCUGGAGUUGGUACAAAUAUAGGUUUAGGUGGAGGUGGUUCUGCAUCUGGCUCAGGUUUUGCGUCUGGUUCUGCUGGUGCAGGUGGACAAGGUGGAGUUGGUGCAAGAGGUAAAAUCGGAGGAAAUGCAGGAGCUGGGAUAGGUGCAGGCAUAGGCAAGUGA